GCGAUCUUAUUUGAUCACAUCCCUCCUCCGCGAUUUAAUCGCCGAUCUAACCUCAACUGGGCGUAAACUGUCAAAGUUGUGGUUUAUUUUUUGAGUCACUUAAUGAUUACACCCAAAUCGCUGUGAAAAUGGCAAAAAACACAUUGAGUUCGGCCUUCCGUAAAAUUGACAUUGACCAGUAUAACGAGGAUAACUUCAAAGAGGACGAGACGGAUCAGGGAGGACCGCAGGGACCGGAUGAAAGCGAAGUGAACAAUUUAUUGAAAAGUGGGCACCACAUUGAUGCCUUAAAAACAGUUUUAAAAAAUGCACCUUUAGGAAGUAAAAGCGCGCAAAUUAAGGAUAAUGCUGCCAAUUUAACCCUUAGAGUAUUACUAGCAAUAAAACCAUCACAGAUAGAAGAAGCCGUGAACUCCCUAGACAUAGAACAGAUAGAUGUUUUAAUGAAGUAUGUGUACAAAGGUUUUGAAUUCCCUUCAGAGGGUAGCAGUGGACAUUUACUUCUGUGGCAUGAAAAGAUUUAUAAUGUAGGUGGAGUAGGUUGUAUUGUAAGGGUUUUGUCAGAUACUAGGAGGGUAUGAAGGUGAUUUAAAUAAAUCAUGAGAGUCAAUAAUGGGUAGAUCCUUCUAGUAUUUUGAUAAAUCUUUCAUGAACUUGUCAGUAGACAACAAAUUUUUGUAACAUUUCUUUAUUUGUAAAAGCUUUAUAUAAAAUAAUAGUUAUUAAAAUAUAA